AUGUCGGAGAACAUAGAAUCACCUGAGGAGAAGAUACAAAACGGGGACCUUCCUGUCUAUCGCCUUCAUGGACGCAGUCUCGGCAUCGUAUUCUCGAGUGUGACCGCUCUUGGAGCAGAAAAUGGCUCGCAGACAGUGUACGAUCUUCAGAAGAUUCUCACUGACAUCGUCAUGUGGCCCUUCAAGACCGUUCGUCAAUUAACCCAGGGUGGGACUCAGAUGUCUUCUAACAUUGUGGAAGAUGUCAGCGGGGUUAUCUUUCCUGGCGAACUGAUGCUGGUACUUGGACGCCCUGGGGCCGGUUGUUCAACAGUUUUACGCCUGCUUGCCAACCACCGACAAACCUACCAAGACGUGCAUGGUUGCAUCCAGUACGGCGGCCUCUCGUCCGAUGAGAUGGAAAAGCGCUAUCACUCCGAAGUCCUGUACUGCGCAGAGGAUGACGUUCAUUUUGCGAAUCUAUCCGUCAAAGACACCAUGGAUUUCGCGAUGCGUGUGCGCAAACCCUCCGAGAACCCUGAGCCCGUUACCCAAUUCUCCGAACGAAUGUCGGAUAGUAUACUGGCGUCGCUUGGGCUAUCACACACAAAGGAUACAAUUGUUGGAGAUGCUUUCAUUCGUGGCGUCUCGGGUGGGGAGAAAAGACGAAUCUCGUUGGCAGAAGUGCUCGCUGUCAACCCAGCCCUGGCAUCCUGGGAUAAUCCAAUCCGAGGUCUGGACAGUUCCUCCGCACUGAGCUUCCUUGAACUCUUGAGAGCCACAUCUCGACAGACAGGGAUGGCUAGCGCGGUGACAAUCUACCAAGCGUCAGAAGCUAUGUAUGAAUUCUUUGAUCGUGUCAUGCUCAUGUACGAAGGAAAGAUGAUAUUCUGUGGUCCCGCCGCUCAAGCGAAAGAAUAUUUCCUCGCGCUUGGCUUCUCCUGCCCUGGGAGACAAACCACUGCGGAUUUUCUCACCUCAGUCACGUCUCCCAGCGAACGUACUUUCCAAGAUACCUAUACCGGUCCGCGCUAUGAGACAGCGGAGGCACUGUCCCGGGCAUUCCGUAAUAGCAAAGAGUACCAGCAUUUACAACAGGAGAUGAAACGGUACUCGGAGCAAAUUGUCUCAGACCAAAGUCUCACCGCCGCCUUUGAAGGAGAUGUCCAAAAAACGCGCCCCAAGUUCGUUUCCAAAUCUUCAAGUGAGAUAUCAUCUAUCUGGACACAAUCCAUGGCUGCUUUGCGCCGCCAGUAUCAGUUGAUCUGGAGAGACUGGUUGACACUUCUCACAAUCCUCGUUCUCACUGCAGUCAACGCGGUAAUCGUUUCGUCUGCAUACUAUAUGGCACCCAAGACCGCAACAGGCUCCUUUGAGAGGAGUGGUGCUCUGUUCUUUGCGCUUGUUUAUUUUACCCUCAAUGCGUUGACUGAGGUUCCAAAAACCAUUCAGAACCGGGCUAUUCUGCUCAAACAACACCACAUGGGAUAUCUGCAUCCAGUCUCCUUUGUGAUUGCCUUGGCCCUAGCGGAAAUCCCCGUUACCGCUCUACAGUCAAUCGUGUUCUCUUGUUGUUACUAUUUCACCAUUGGAUUAGAGAAAACGGCAGGGAGUUUUUGGAUUUUUACUCUAAUCGUGUUUGUCCACUUCACGAGCAUAUCGACUCUGUUCCGUAUGCUUGGUGCCUGGUCCCCCAACCUCAACAUUGGGUUAUUGAUGGCCGGGUGUGCGAUGCCAGUGGUCUGUCUCUAUACCGGAUAUGCACCCCCAGUACCAAGUAUGCACCGUUGGGGAUCAUGGAUCCGACGCAUUUCGCCUACCCCAUUUGGUAUGGAAGCUUUGAUGAGUAAUGAAUAUUCCCAUAUCACACUUCAUUGCUCCCCCGAUCAAUUGAUUCCCCAUGGAGCCGGAUACAAUGAUAUUCAGAAUCAGGGUUGCCCUAUGGCCGGGGCGCACAUGGGAUCGGCAGAAGUCUCUGGUCAGAUCUAUCUGAUCAAUGAGUACGGAUUCCAUGCUGGGAACAUGUGGCGUGACUUUGGAAUCAUGCUUGUCAUAUGGUUUAUAUACUUCCUGUUGACGGCAGUAGGCCUCAGCGUCAUGACCCGUGAAUCCGGUGCGUCGAGUGGACGGAUAUUCAAACGAGGUGCCAAAAAUUCUACUGGAGCACAUGACCUGAGAAUAAAGGAUCUUGAAACUCAAGCUGAGGUGGGAAUACAAACAACAGCAAAUUCUUCAACUAGCACCCUCACUCAACAGGUCGCCGAUGGACAAAACGAUAUAACUGCUGCUGAGCCCGGCUCAGGUGAAGGGAUGUUUGUUUUCCAAGACGUUAACUAUUUUGUCAACGUCAAUGGCCAGGAACGCCAGCUACUGAAAGAUGUCACAGGUUAUGUCAGACCGGGGCAAUUGACUGCACUUAUGGGUGCCUCCGGCGCUGGAAAGUCCACUCUACUAGAAACGAUAUCUGGUCGAAAGAGUGAAGGUCGAACCGAAGGUAAUCUGCUAUUUGACAGCCGGUACCUUGACAAUAGUUUCUCUCGGGCUUGUGGUUUCUGUAUGCAACAGGAUGUUCAUGAACCCUUGGCUACUGUGCGUGAAGCGUUGAGCUUCUCUGCCUUCAUGCGCCAAACCGCGAAUGUUACGUCCGAGAAGAAGCUUGAAGAUGUCGACGAAAUUCUGGAGCUUCUCGAGCUUGAUCCUAUUGCUGACGCUCUUGUCGGUUCUCUCGGAGUUGAAGAGCGAAAGCGAGUGACCAUCGGAGUCGAAUUGUGUGCUCGACCUUCGGCCCUUCUGUUCCUGGAUGAGCCCACGUCAGGCCUGGAUAGCCAAGCUGCCCACUCAAUCAUCACAUUCCUGCGCAAAAUUGCCGGACAGGGCGUUCCCAUCGUUUGUACAAUUCAUCAGCCGUCAAGCGUUAUCUUUGAGAUGUUUGACCACACUCUGAUCCUAGCCCCUGGCGGCCAGACCGUGUACUUUGGAGAGACAAGAGAGCGACUGAAUGAGUACUUCACACGAAAUGGUGCUGCGAUGAGUCCAUCCGCCAACCCAGCCGAGUUUGUCAUUACAACCGUUGCUGCCAGCAGUCAAGACCCCAACGGGGCAGACUGGGCACAAUUAUGGCGCAAAUCUACCGAGUCUCACGAAUUGUAUAAUCUUGUUUCACGCAUCAUUGAGAAUGUUGCAGUACCAUCCUCUUCAGACAAUCAAGGGCAGCUCGCUCAAUCGAAAGGUUCCAAAGAAUUUGCAUUGCCGCUAUUCAACCAGGUUAUCCAUGUGACCAAACGCCAUUGGAUCUCCAUUUGGCGUAACGGAUCAUACAAUUUCAGCAAGCUCUGUAAACAAAUUUUCUUCCAACUUAUCGUUGCGUUCACCUUUUUCAAGGUGGGCCAAGAUGUCAACGGCCUCCAGAAUCAUGCGCUUGCCUUCCUUAUUGCCUGUUGGGUAAUUCCUGCGCUUGCUGCCGACCUACAGGAUAUCUGGUUCCAAAAAUGGGCCAUAUUUGAGGCGCGGGAGCGGAACGGCAUAUAUGACUACAAAGCUUUGUUGAUUGCACUCAUUGCGGUCGAGACCCCAUGGCAAAUCCUGAGCUUCACCUUGAUCUUCUUUUGCAAUUACUGGACAGUCGGGUAUACCAAUACCGCAACCAUUGGUGGCUUUGUUUACUUCAUGACACUCCUGCUGUCUGUAUUUGGCACUGGAUUCUGCUUCCUUAUGGCAGCUCUUUUCCCCAAUGCCACAAUGGCGGGAUAUGCAACUUCACUGUUUUGGGUGGUACUGAUGAUGUUUAAUGCCAUUGUCACUCCACAAAGUGCGUUGAAUAGCUUCUAUCGCCCUUGGAUAAACUGGGCUGAUCCUAUGCGAUACUACUUUGGGGCCACCAUCUCAUCGGUACUGCAUAAAGUAGAAGCUGUGUGCAAAAAAACAGAUCUCGCCAUCUUCGAUCCACCGUCUGGCCAGACUUGUGGUGAAUAUAUGCAUAACUACAUUUUGUCUAACCCGGGGUAUUUGGAAGACCCUACUGCGACGUCAUUGUGUGAGUAUUGCCCCUAUUCGAAUGGGGACAAUUACGCCCAAACCAUGGCUUUCUACUACGAAGGUAGGUGGAGAGAUUGGGCCGUCUUCCUGGGCUUCUGCCUGACGAAUUUUGCUCUCAUCUUCUUCGUUUCUUGGGUCACCCGAGUACAAAUCCGGCGAUGGCGAAAGUAG